CCCCGCAGCAGAUGGCCGCCUUGUCGGUGGCCGGAGACCUGCUGACGCUGCCCAUGCCGUGCGGCGUGGAGAACUCGGCCUACACCUCGUCCUCUGCCUCCUCCACGGUGUCGUCCCCCGAGGUGGAGCCCAUGAGCAGCAGCAGCAGCGGCGCCGGCGGCGGCGGCGGCACCGGCUCCAGCGGCGCUCGCUCCUCCAUGUCCGUCGCCUCCUCCACCAGCGGCGCCUCCUCUCACCAGGCCGACGGCGCCGGCGACGAGGAGAGCCCCACGGACGGCGAGCCGACGGAGGGGCUCCGUGUCGGCUCCUUCCUGCCGGGCUCGCUGGGCACACGCGACGUGGAGGGGAACGUUGUGGAAGUGGACUCGAGCGUUGAGGUGCUGCUGGAGGCGGGAGGUGGAAGCGCCGGGCUGUACGAGGUGGACAACGAGUCGCCCGGACUGCGGGCGGAGCUGGUGGACAACGUCGCUUGCCUGCCAGGGUCUCUGCUUUGCCCGGAGGCCAUGGAGGGAACGGUGGCGGUGGCGAUGGUGGCAGUGGCCGGAGUCCCCAUCACCAGCGGCCCCUCGGCCUGCGGGGACGGAGAGUCCGGGCCACUCCUCACCGGGCCCAUGGCUGUCUGAGCCACACCGGGGUCACGCGGGGGUCACGCGGGGGUCACACGGGGUCACACGGGGUCACACGGGGGUCACACGGGGGUCACACGGUAGCUGAAACUAAAAGGAAACUUUGUUUUAUUUUACCUGGGAUGACCCCGCUGAGCUAUAAAACUCAGAAGCGACCUGGCCCCACACGGUAGCUCAACGGGGAUUGGCUUAUCGCACGGACAUUUGUAGCAGCCAAAUACACGAAACUGCACGGCGAUUCUAAAUGUGAAGGAAAAAAACUGGAGGACCCGGAGAGAGAGAGAGAGAGACGCAAACUCAAAAUAUACAGCAGACAUCGUCAGGGUCGGGAUCGAACCCACGACCUCCUGUAGACCAGGCGAGGUAGUUAACAUCUCCUAGCCACCGUGAUGAUGAUGAGAGAGAGACACGCAAACUCCAAAUAUACAGCAGCAGGAGUCAGGGUCUGGAUGGAACCCACGACAUCCUGUACACCAGGCGAGGUAGUUAACAUCUCAUAGCCAUCGUGAUGAUGAUGAUAGAGACACGCAAACUCCAAAUAUACAGCAGCAGGCGUCAGUGUCAAGAUCGAACCCACGACCUCCUGCACACCAGGCGAGGUAGUUAACAUCUCCUAGCCACCGUGAUGAUGAUGAUGAGAGAGACACGCAAACUCCAAAUAUACAGCAGCAGGUAUCGUCAGGGUCGGGAUCGAACCCGCGACCUCCUGUAGACCAGGCGAGGUAGUUAACAUCUCCUAGCCACCGUGAUGAUGAUGAGAGAGAGAGACACGCAAACUCCAAAUAUACGGCAGGCAUCGUCAGGGUCGGGAUCGAACCCGCGACCUCCUGUAUACCAGGCGAGGUAGUUAACAUCUCGCCACCGUGAUGAUGAUGAGAGAGAGAGACACGCAAACUCCAAAUAUACAGCAGCAGGCGUCAGGGUCGGGAUCUAACCCGCGACCUCCUGUACACCAGGCGAGGUAGUUAACAUCUCCUAGCCACUGUGGCAACCACUACACUCACCACCACUACUCACCACUACACUCACCACUACACUCACCACUAUACUCACCACUACACUCACCACUACUACACUCACCACUACAGUCACCACUACACUCACCACUACACUCACUAGCACACUCACCACUACACUCACCACUACACUCACCACUAGCACACUCACCACUACGCUCACCACUACACUCACCACUACACUCACUAGCACACCACUACACUCACCACUACUACACUCACCACUACACUCACCACUACACUCACCACUACUACACUCACCACUACUACACUCACCACUAGUACACUCACCACUAGUACACUCACCACUACUACAUUCACCACUAGUACACUCACCACUAGUACACUCACCACUACUACAUUCACCACUAGCACACUCACCACUAGUACACUCACCACUAGUACACUCACCACUAGUACACUCACCACUAGUACACUCACCACUACACUCACCACUACUACACUCACCACUACACUCACCACUACACUCACCACUAGUACACUCACCACUAGUACACUCACCACUAGUACACUCACCACUAGUACACUCACCACUACUACACUCACCACCACUACACUCACCACCACUACUCACCACUACCCUCACCACUACCCUCACCACUACCCUCACCACUACACUCACCACUACACUCACUAGCACACUCACCACUACUACACUCACCACUACUACACUCACCACUACUACACUCACCACUAGUACACUCACCACUAGUACACUCACCACUAGUAUACUCACCACUACACUCACCACUACUACACUCACCACUACACUCACCACUACUACACUCACCACUACACUCACCACUAGUACACUCACCACUAGUACACUCACCACUAGUACACUCACCACUACACUCACCACUACUACACUCACCACCACUACACUCACCACCAGUACACUCACCACCACUACACUCACCACUACACUCACCACUAGUACACUCACCACCACUACACUCACCACUACUAUACUCACCACCACUACACUCACCACUAGUACACUCACCACCACUACACUCACCACUACACUCACCACUAGUACACUCACCACUACACUCACCACUAGUACACUCACCACUAGUACACUCACCACUAGUACACUCACCACCACUACACUCACCACCACUACACUCACCACUACACUCACCUCUAUACUCACCACCACUACACUCACCACCACUACACUCACCACCACUACUCACCACUACCCUCACCACUACCCUCACCACUACACUCACCACUACACUCACUAGCACACUCACCACUACACUCACCACUAGUACACUCACCACUACACUCACCACCACUACACUCACCACUACACUCAUCACUACACUCACCACCACUACACUCACCACUACACUCACCACUACACUCACCACUACACUCACUCGCACACUCACCACUACAUUCACCACUACACACCUGUCAACCCCUUAUCAGUGCCCUACCUUACUACACACCAUUUCAGACCUCAUUGCUCACCCCGUGUCCCUUACGAAGUCCCAUCACAAGGGGAGAAACACAAACAAACAGAUCAAACAAAAUUGCCCGUAUUGAAACGGUUGUACGCCGUAUGGAGCUGAACACUAAAAUUCCCCUGUACAGGAAUAUGGGACUUUGUGCUUAAUCCGUAUGGGUUGAGAGGCUGGUCAUGCCGGAUUAUUUUAGACUUUUCGCCCUCCCUGCCACCCCUCUUACCUGAGGCUGCUGCUGCUGUUGUUGUUGUUGCAAUUAACACGUAGCGAGGUGUCGGAGCAGAUCAAGGCUGCAGGCUUCUGAUUCUCAGCACAUGCACAUCUCCUGUGAGGUUAAAUGCGGUGUCUGCGUGUGUGUGUCUCUGUGUGUCUGUGUUGUGGGGGGAGUGGUGGUGUAGCGGUUAGGGCGCUGUGCUAUGAACCCGGCGACCCGAGUUCGAUUCCCGCCCACGGCCAACGCCGGUGACGAUUAUCUGAACCGGUCCUGGGCCUCCCCUAGGUCGACUCAGCCUCAAAUGAGUACCUGGUGCGGUGUGUAAGCAUCGCCCCACUGGGGAGACAAAGGCGGUCGGGCGUGGUGCUGGCCACCCACCCCCUAGUGUACCGUUCUGGCUUUCAUAGGUGCUCGCUAACAGCACUUGCCCCUACAGUCUGUUAAGGCUAUACGGGGUAUCUCUGUCUUUGUAGGGGGAGCGGUAGUGUAGUGGUUAGCGCAACGAUUCCCGCUCACGGCCAACGCCGGUGACGAUUAUCUGAACCGGUUAUGGGCCUCCUCUAGGUCGACUCGGCCUCAAAUGAGUGCCCUCUGUGCGGCGUGUGGGAGCAUCGCCGCCGGGGGAGACAAAGACGGCCUGGCCACGGUGGUGGUGGACUAACAAUUUGUGUGUCCGUACCGGCGUUCAUAGGUACUGCUCGCUAACAGCACUUGCCCCUGCAGUCUGUUCAAGAGCUACCUGGGGCAGGGCACGUAGCAUUUGAUGUUGUAAAUGGGGACCUAAAUGAUACGAAACAAAUAUUAAAAGACAUUUUUAACUUGCAUAGAAAAGUAAUUGUAUGUUUUUCGUUUGCUGCAUAGACAGAUAAUACGAAAAAUCGGUAACCUUAAACGCCCGGUCGUGCGUGAAAGUUGAAGGGCGGUAUAGUACUAUAGUAAUAGAGCAAGUGCAGAAUCACUGAAUAUGAAUUGAUAUCUUGAAAGCGUUUCGCGGGGCCCUUGAAAGUGCGGGGCCCGUAGCUACUACACAUGUAGCUGCUACUACACGUGUAGCUACUACUACACGUGUAGCUACUACACAUGUAGCUGCUACUACACAUGUAGUAGUAGCUACUACAUAUAUAGCAGCUACUACUACAUUUGUAGCUACUACACAUGUAGCUACUACACAUGUAGCUGCUACUACACGUGUAGCUACUACAUAUAUAGCAGCUACUACUACAUUUGUAGCUACUACAUGUGUAGCUACUACAUAUGUACUACUACACAUGUAGUAGUAGCUACACAUGUAGUAGCUACUACAUAUGUACUACUACACAUGUAGUAGUAGCUACAUAUGUAGUAGCUACUACAUAUGUAGCAGCUACUACAUUUGUAGCUACUACAUGUGUAGCUACUACAUGUGUAGCUACUACAUAUGUAGUAGUAGCUACUACUACACGUGUAGUAGUAGCUACAUGUGUAGUAGCUACUACAAAUGUAGAUAUUUUUGCUGCUAGAAUCAUCCGCCACUGAUACGGGGGGAAGGAGGGGGGGUAUUUGUGUGUUCAAACUUUGAUGUUGUACUCUAAUCCUUCACCUCUUUCAAAAAAACAAUAUUAUAUUUAUCACAACGUGUGCACCGGCGGUUAUUAGAUUUUAACUUAUGUCAAUCGGGUGGUGAUGUGGAUGUUGUCACCGUGGCGGGCUGUUGUAGCCGGUUUUGGGAGAUUUAAAAGUGUUGAAAAGACGAAACUCUAUGCGAGAGAAUUUAUAUUUGGUGUAAGACGAUGACGUGGUCAUGAUGACACCUUGAAAUAAAUUUCGAUUUAAAGCUUCU